AUGGCUUUGUCCUCCGGAUCCGCGUCGUGGGUGGCGCUGAUCCUUUUCGCGUGCGGCGGGCUCAUCAUCAUGUCGGCCGGUGAUGCGGCGGCGGCCGGCGGCGGCGGCGACGACAGCAGGCUGAUGAUGGGGCGGUUCCUGCGGUGGCAGGCCGAGUACAACCGCUCGUACCCGACGGCGGAGGAGCGGCAGCGGCGGUUCCAGGUGUACCGCCGGAACAUGGAGCACAUCGAGGCCACCAACCGGGCGGGCAACCUCACGUACACGCUCGGCGAGAACCAGUUCGCCGACCUCACCGAGCAGGAGUUCCUGGACCUCUACACCAUGAAGGGGAUGCCGACGGGGAGCGGCGGCGGCGACGCCGGCAGCUGGAAGCAGGCCGCCAACGUCUCCUUCUCCGCCGCCGUAGUGGACGGGCCGACGAGCGUCGACUGGAGGGCCCAGGGCGCCGUGACGCCGAUCAAGAACCAGGGCCCCUCGUGCUCUAGCUGCUGGGCGUUCGUGACGGCGGCGACGAUCGAGAGCAUCACCAAGAUCCGGACCGGGAAGCUGGUGUCCCUGUCGGAGCAGGAGCUGAUCGACUGCGACCCCUACGACGGCGGCUGCAACCUGGGCUACUUCGUGAACGGGUACCGGUGGGUGAUCGAGAACGGCGGGCUCACCACGGAGGCCAGCUACCCGUACCAGGCGCGGCGGUACGCGUGCAACCGCAACAAGGCCGCCCAGUACGCGGCCCGGAUCUCCGACUACGUGAAGGUGCCCGCCGGCGAGGGCCAGCUGCAGCAGGCCGUGGCGAGGCAGCCCGUGGCGGCGGCCAUCGAGAUGGGCGGCAGCCUGCAGUUCUACAACGGCGGCGUCUUCUCCGGGCAGUGCGGGACGAGGAUGAACCACGCCAUCACUGUCGUCGGCUACGGCGCCGACGCCAACACGGGGCUCAAGUACUGGCUCGUCAAGAACUCGUGGGGCCAGAGCUGGGGCGAGCGCGGCUACCUGCGGAUGCGCCGAGACUUGACGCGCUCGGGACUCUGCGGCAUCGCGCUCGACCUCGCAUACCCGGUCGUCUAAUUAAUAAUUAUUAUUAAGCGCCUAUAUAUUUAUAAUCAAGCUGCUAAUUAUUAUAGAUAUAUUAAGCUCCCUCGGAUACGUAUUGUAUAGGUAUAUUGUAUAUAUGGCUAGCUAUAUAUACGUAUAGCUCGAUCUGCCGCCUAUAUAUGUGACGUUUAUAUAUACGUACAAUGUGAAGUACGUACACAAGAAAACUACGUAUAUAUACAUACAUGUGUAGUACUUGCUACUUACUACUACUACCACCAUACUACCAUUGCAAAAAGUAAUGCAUGGUGAUGUAAAACCAGGGCCGGUCAAGAGCCAAAUUACCACUACUAUAUAUUAAUGUAAAAUGAUGGUCCUUGAGAUGCAGUUGAAUUAUUAA